UGCGCACGCAUAAUAAAACACACAGUGUAGAUAAACAGCAGUUUUCCAGCCAGAAUGUUUAAAAAUACAUUCCAGAGUGGCUUCUUGUCUAUUUUAUACAGCAUCGGCAGCAAACCCCUUCAGAUUUGGGACAAAAAGGUGCGAAAUGGACACAUAAAGAGAAUAACAGAUAAUGACAUCCACUCCAUGGUGCUAGAGGUGGAAGGGACCAAUGUCAGUACUACUUACAUAACAUGUCCUGCUGACCCAAAGAAGACACUGGGUAUCAAGCUCCCGUAUCUAAUCAUGAUGAUCAAAAACCUAAAGAAAUAUUUUUCCUUUGAAGUCCAGGUCUUAGAUGACAAAAAUGUUCGACGGAGGUUCCGGGCGAGUAACUAUCAGAGCACAACGCGAGUGAAACCAUUUAUCUGCACGAUGCCAAUGCGGCUCGACGACGGCUGGAACCAGAUUCAGUUCAACCUGUCAGACUUCACUAGGAGAGCGUACGGCACCAACUACAUCGAGACACUAAGGGUACAGAUCCAUGCCAACUGCCGCAUAAGGAGAAUAUAUUUCUCAGACAGACUUUACUCCGAGGACGAAUUACCAGCAGAGUUUAAACUGUAUGUGCCUGUUCGAAAUCAGAAGGCAAAGCAGUAAAGCUUCCAGACACAACCGCUUCCACCUUGUAAUGAAGUUUAGCCGUUUUGUGUUCCUCU